ACAGCAGCAGACUGUCAGACUGAACGUGAGGGUAAGACUCUGACAGAAGAUCACAUAACUCUGUCGGAUCAGUUGAGAUUGAAACGCCUCGGAGGACUCAGAAAAAGGAAAGAUGACUCUUGCAGCAUACAGAGAGAAGAUGAAGGAGCUCCCUCUAGUGUCUCUCUUCUGCUCCUGUAUCCUACCAGAGCCUCGGGAAAAGCCCACCAAGAAAACACAAGAUGUUGUGGACCUCAACCUGUGCAUUAUUAAAGACAUGGAGGUGAUUGAGCUAAACAAGCGGUCAUCGGGCCAGGCCUUUGAGGUCAUCCUCAGACCUCCAUCUUUUGACGGUCAGAGGGAAUUCCAUCCCACUUUCCCACCUCGCAGUGACCCCUCGCUGGAGGAGAUCCAGAAGAAACUGGAUGCAGCUGAGGAGAGAAGAAAAUGUCAGGAAACUGAACUUCUGAAGCACUUGGCUGAAAAGAGAGAACAUGAACGAGAGGUGGCCCAGAAAGCCAUAGAGGAACACAACAACUUCAUCAAGAUGGCCAAAGAAAAGCUGGAGCAAAGAAUGGAGAUUAACAAAGAGAACAGGGAGGCCCACAUCGCUGCCAUGCUGGAACGUCUUCAAGAGAAGGACAAGCAUGCUGAGGAGGUGAGGAAAAACAAGGAGCAGGUGGAACUGGAUUGCCAGUAGAAUGACAUGAAUCAAUAGCAUUUCUUGUCCAGAAUUUUCAAGAAAAAACAACAAAAUAAGGCCUAGCAGGUCCUAGUCAUGCUAAGAAAGGCUGUGUUUUGGAAUUGGCAAAGAUUCAAAGGCCUCACAUAUGAUAUUUGCAGCUAAAGAAACAAUAUUCUUGUGUCUGCUGCCACGCAAAAAUGCCGUGUAUCAUGGAUGUGGAAUUGGGAAUUAAUUUGAGAUUUGUUUGCCGCCAAACUGUGUCAUCAUCCAUCUCUUUAGUCUUUAGUAUAUAAUAGCUUUGCAUGUACUGAUGGGAUAAAGAUAAUGAACGACAAGUCAGAUGAAAACUACCAAGAUGUGAAUUUGUGUUGUACUGCUGUGAAUUAUCUGUUUGUAACAUUGUUUGUGCAUUCAAAGAGGUGAUGUGUACUUAUUACUGUAGUCUGGCUUUGUAUUAUUGUGUCUUAGUGUUGGUUUGUUGUAGUUGAGGAAUCAUUAGUAGAAUAUUUGUUAGUUACCUGACAAAUAGUGUAUUAAAUGUGGCCGAAAUCAACCGUUUUAAUGCUUGCAUGCCAUG